UUGAAACGUCAAGUUACAACCAAAUUCCAAUGAAAUUCCACUCUACCUCCGUGUUACAACUUUUCAUAAUAUCGAGUUGUAUAGUAUAUGGUGAAGUUACAAGUCAUGAAAUAACAUUUUAUUUGCAAAAUAAAUGUUCAUUUCCGAUUUGGCCGGCCGUUGCCCCCAACUCCGGCCAUCCGGUGCUAGCCUCCGGUGGAUUUUACCUACCAUGCGGAGGUAUUAAACGCAUUGAUGCUCCUUGGGGUUGGAAUGGUCGCAUUUGGGCUAGAACAGGCUGUGACUUCACUUCAAACUGGAAACAAGCUUGUGAAACAGGUGAUUGUGAUGGACAUUUGGAGUGUAAUGGAUUGAUCGGAAAACCUCCGGCAACCCUUAUUCAAAUUGCUGUACAAGCCGACAAAUCUAAACUUAAUUUCUACGAUGUAAGCCUCGUGGACGGUUAUAAUCUCCCUGUCGCAGUGAACUCAAAACCCGUAUCAUCCAAAUGCAACAUCUUAGGAUGCCAUAAAGAUCUCAAAACCACAUGUCCUGAAGAACUACAGGUCUUGAACGAAGAGGGACAAAUCGUGGCUUGCAAGAGUGCAUGCUUAGCAUUUGAUAACGAUAGGUUUUGUUGCCGGAAUGCAUAUGGAACGCCGGAGAAGUGCAAAAGAAACACGUACUCUAUGUUGUUUAAAGAAGCUUGUCCCAAUUAUUACAGUUAUGCCUACGACACACCUCCUCCUUUGGUCACUUGCUCCGCCAAGGAAUAUCUUAUCACAUUUUGUCCAUCAAAUUGGGGUCAUAGUUCCACGUAAAAACCUUUAAAAAAUACGACACAGACGAUAUUACAUGUAUUGAAUCUAUUGUAAAGUAGAGUGAAAAAAAAAAAGAAUCUAUUGUAAAGUCUUGAGUUUAUUACUUUAUUUACUCAUGAACCUAUGAUUUGUAUAAUUCGCUUAGAUUCUCUAAUUUUCCUUUUAUUGGGCCUUGUAGCCCAGAGUAUGUGUUAAUAGAAUGUGAGAUGUGAU